AUGAGUUCUCCAGACACCAAUUCCAAUAGACAUCAAACUAAAAAGAGGACUAAACUUGAUUCUAAUAAAUCUUACUCUUUCUAUGAUUCUUUUGUCACAAGAAAAGACAUCAUUAAAUUGGCCUCCUUAGAAACAUAAAAUCAAUAAAGGGAAUUUCUUAAAACUGUCAUCAUGCGAUUUGAAAUAGGUCAUAAAAAAGGAGGAGUAUUCACAUUCCCAGUUUAUGAACUUAUUUCCUUUUAAUAUUAUCAAACUUAAACAAUAUCUAAAGUAAAUUUUUAAUCAUUUAUUCUUAGGCCACAGAAGAGUCUCAAUAAUAAUGUAAAUUAGCUGUCUUUUCAGAAUACUUAUUACAAAUGCACAAUUAUCUUAAAAAUUAUACUUUUGAAUAGAAAUCUGCCUUCAUGUCAUUAGGAUUUUAUAUAUUUGUAGAAAGUUUAGAACGCAAAAUCACAUAAAUAGAUUCAUAUGAAAUAUUAAAAAAAUUACUCAGACCUAAGAUACUAUUGACAAAUACAUAUAAUUUGCCCAUAUUUACUUAAGAGCAUAUCAUUGAAUUCAAUAAAUUUAUGACUAGCUAUUUUUAUAGGUGAUAUAUAUAAUAUAUUUAGAUAUUAUUCAUUAUAUGAAUUAAGAAUGACUACUUAUUAAGAAGUCAAUAUUUUUGGUAGAUUAAAAGGAGAAAAUCCAGUAUAAAUUGAAAAAGAAGAAGACAAAGAUUCUAUAUAAGAAGAAGAUGAGUUUAAUUUUAAAGAUGUUGAAGUUCAUUUAGAUGAUGAAGUCUAACCUGAACAAGAAAUCAAAAAGAUAAAUGAAAAAGAUGAAGAAUAGAUUGAAAAAUUGUUGGAAUAAUAUAAAUUAAAUUGGAACACAAGAUUAGAUGGAUCAUAAUUAUUGUAAGAAGCUGAAAAAAUAUUAACAAAGAAAAAAUGA